AUGUCAAGCGGUGGUAGAAUGUCAAUGUCUGGUGGUAUGUUCAAGUCAGGCGGUGCCAUUGGCAUGGGUGGUAUGGGCAUGGGUGGCAUUGGCAUGGGGGGUGGCAGCAGUAGUUACAGUGUCAGCAGUUACAGUGCUGGUGGUGGUGGUGGUGGUGGUUUUGGUGCUGGUUUUGGUGCUGGCGGUGCUGGUUUCGGUGCUGGCGGUUUCGGUAGUGCUGGCGGUUUUGGUGGCGCUGGCGGCAUGACGAUGCCAAUCACAAAUGUCCAAGUCAACCAAAGCCUGCUGGCCCCUCUGAACCUCGAGAUCGACCCCACCAUCCAGACCGUCCGAACCCAGGAGAAGGAGCAGAUCAAGUCCCUCAACAACCGCUUCGCCAGCUUCAUUGACAAGGUGCGCUUCCUGGAGCAGCAGAACAAAAUGCUGGAAACCAAGUGGAACCUGCUGCAGGAUCAGACCACCACCCGCUCCAACAUCGAUGCCAUGUUUGAGGCUUACAUCGCCAACCUCCGCAGACAGCUCGACGGGCUCGGCAAUGAGAAGGUGAAGCUUGAGGGAGAGCUGAGGAACAUGCAGGGACUGGUAGAGGACUUCAAGAACAAAUAUGAGGAUGAAAUCAACAAACGUGCUGCUGUGGAGAAUGAGUUUGUGCUUCUUAAGAAGGAUGUUGACGGCGCCUACAUGAACAAGGUUGAGCUGGAAGCCAAGGUUGACGCCCUUCAGGAUGAGAUCAACUUCCUCAGAGCUGUCUAUGAAGCAGAACUGCGUGAGCUCCAAGGACAGAUCAAGGACACUUCAGUCAUUGUUGAGAUGGACAACAGCCGUAACCUGGACAUGGACCAAAUUGUGGCUGAAGUCAAGGCUCAGUAUGAAGAAAUCGCCCAACGCAACCGUGCUGAUGCUGAGGGUUGGUACCAGCAAAAGUACCAGGAGAUGCAGGCUUCUGCAGGCCAGACCGGUGAUGAUCUUCGCAACACCAAGACUGAGAUCGCUGAGCUGAACCGUAUGAUCAGCCGCCUCCAGAACGAGAUCGAGGCAGUCAAGGGACAGCGUGUCAAUCUGGAGGCCCAGAUUGCCGAGGCUGAGGAGCGUGGAGAGCUGGCAGUCAAGGACGCCAAGGCCCGCAUCGCAGAUCUGGAGAGGGCCCUGCAGACAGCCAAACAGGACAUGGCCCGCCAGGUCCGCGAGUACCAGGAGCUCAUGAAUGUCAAGCUGGCUCUGGAUAUUGAGAUCGCCACCUACAAGAAACUGCUGGAGGGAGAGGAGACCAGAAUUGCAGCUGGUGGUGGACCAUGCAACAUCAUCGUGCAGUCAAGCAGCAGCGGCGUCAGUGCUGGUGCUGGCAGUGGCGGCGGCAUGGGCGGUGGCUUUGGCGGUGGCAUCGGCGGCGGCAUCGGCGGCGGCUAUGGCAGCGGCAUCAGCAUCGGCGGCGGCUAUGGUGGCGGCGCUGGCUUCGGCAGCGGCAUCAGCAUCGGUGGAGGUGGAGGUGGCAGUAUGUCAUAUUCACGAACAAGCUCAAGCAGCAUCUCCCGCCGUGGGUUUUAA